CUGCGGCUGCGCGUUGAGCCGUUCCGGUCCAAUAUGGCGUUGUCCGCGUCCGUCCGCAGCCUAGGGGUGCGGGUGAGCCGGCUGCGUGCGGGAGGGCUGGGGGUGCCGCCCGGGGUCCGCUCGCUCCCGGUCUCUCCGCAGGUGCUGGCGUGCAGCCGAGAGCUGCCUUGCGCCUGGCGCGCCCUGCACACCUCCCCGGUCUGCGCCAAGAACCGGGCGGCUCGAGUCCGUGUGGCCAAGGGGGACAAGCCGGUGAGCUACGAGGAGGCUCACGCCCCGCACCACAUCGCGCACCGGAAGGGCUGGCUGUCGCUGCAUACAGGUAACCUGGAUGGAGAAGAUCAUGCUGCAGAGAGAACACUGGAAGAUGUUUUCCUUCGAAAGUUCAUGCUGGGCACCUUUCCAGGCUGCCUGGCUGACCAGAUCGUUCUGAAGCGCCGGGCCAACCAGGUGGACAUCUGUGCCGUGGUCUUGAGGCAGCUGCCAGCACACAAAUUCUACUUUCUUGUGGGCUACAGUGAGACUCUGUUGUCACACUUCUACAAGUGUCCUGUGCGACUCCACCUGCAGACUGUGCCCUCCAAGGUCGUGUACAAGUACAUAUAAUGCUCUUUCUUCAUCAAGCGACAGCCUGCAAAGGCCGAGAGAAGAGAAAUGGAUCAAGGGGAAAUGUCUGCUCUCAGGAUGGAGGUGUCUGCUCCAAGCUGCUGUUGAAUAAAGACCCUUCUGUGUCUUCUAAA